AUGCGCUUUUCGCGAAUUCGACUAUGCCAGAUUUUAUUUUGCGUGGCUUCUUUUAUAAAUUUUUGCACAGACGUUUAUGGAUAUGUCUAUUUGGAUGUGAUGUUCCUCAAUGAAUUACGCGGAACGAACGGCACCGGAAUGACGGUCGGCCUAUUCGUCGGCCUGAAUUUCUACUAUUCCAUAUCGAUACUAUUGACGUUGCUGGCGUUUGGGAUUACGGUAGCCGGGUUAAGGCUGAGAAUCUCCAUGCUUUCGAUUGCUUUUCCGAGUUAUGUGGGUAUCAACAUCCUUUACCACAUGGGGCUGGUGCAACAGGGUGUCAUUUUAUGGUGGCAGCGAAUUUACUACCUGACUGCUGCCAUCCAUUUCUCUAUCGUGGCACUGUGCUGUUUUUUGCUCGUCUACGAAUAUUAUAAUGCUAUUUAUAAGGGUGGAUCGAUGGGCGUAAACGGGCUUCCGCAAAAACGAAUGACACUGCCAGUAUUGGUGGCUGUUAGUUUAUAUGGAAUUGCAUGGAUAUCACUCGAAAUAACAGCACUUGUAUUAUCGGUGAUUGGAAGGAGAAGGGGAAUACGGUCUAUGGCUAUCGCGCAUCCUGCAUUAAUCAUUCUCGAUAUUCGAGCCUUCGUCGAUGAACUACAAGAUAGUGUCGUUUCCGAAAAUGAUCUAGCCACCCUUUUAUCUUGUCUUCUAUUGAUUUUAACCGAACUUCGACUGUCAUUUUUCCUGCUGGGCAACGAGCUGAUCCGUGGCUCCCUUUGGGCGUUUUGCCUUUCGACCCUGAUCGCUGUCACAAAUAUCGCCUCCCUUACCGUAUCCUGGCUACGGUCGACGAUUCUUGACGAUUUCGAAACGGGAAAUUGGAUGUUCUAUGGAUUGAUUGGGAUUGAGAUAAUUUGGAUCUCCGCCGGGCUUUCCGACAGCUCCAUAUCCCUGCUGAAGCCCAUCUUCUAUGCGCCAUAUCCGGUAGCGAAGCUACUCAGCAGCUAUCCGUUCAGCAUGCGGCAGAUUGCUGUGAUUGCGACGGUCCUGGCCGCAUCUGAGGUGCCAUCCUGCUGCGCAGUGCUGUACACUGGACUACUAAAAACGGCAUCCAUUACCCAGCCCGGCCACUCUUUUGAUACGCGAGCAAAGCGGCUGAUUGUUGUGCUCUACUUUUCUAUGAAUAUCAUGCUCAUCGCGUUGAUUUGGUACGCUAAUGUAGAGGAAUGCGUCGUUUAUACCACGGAAGAGGUAUGCGCUUCCGAGCCAAUUUUCUGCGGUAUUGAAGGCAUUUAUGUAUUCGUCUGCAUGCAGAAGUUUUUGAUUCCCCUGGCGUUCGCCGGGACGGUGAUGUGCCUUGCCUGGGUGUUCUAUCUAUAUGUCUGUUCGAUGAGCGUCCAAAAUUACCUGUCUUUCCAUCGAAACCGAUCGCUUUGCCUGCGCACACGGCGCAUGCACCGUCACUUCUUUGUCAUCUUCAUUUUACAGUCGCUGGUCUUUGUCCUUUUUAUGGUAACCCCGUACUCCUUGUUUUUCUUGGUAUUCCUGAAAUUCGCCAGCUACGAUGCGCUGGCGCGCGUUGUCGGACUGAUUGGGAUAUGGAGCUCUAUGCACACGCUGGGCAACAACCUAUCGAUAUUACUGGGAACGAGGGCUUAUAGGAACGCAAUAUAUAAUUGGGGCUGCGUAAUUUGCCAGGAAUGCGUAGAUGCCUGCGAUUUACUAGGACUGCAGUCCGUAUCAAUCCACUCGGAUGCCGAAAACAAUUACUUCAUCGACCUUUGGGAGGGCCGGGAAUGGUGUGAAAAUGGCUUCACGACAAAAAUGUGGAUCGGGAUGACGUGGAGGGGGGAGGAGGGAAGUGAGACGCAUUAUUGGAGGGAUGGCUCGCCAUGGGAUUACAUGGCUCAAUUGGACAGGCAAGACCCGGUGAUUGUCGGAUUGUGGGCGGGUGGAAAGAAAGAGGACUGUACUACGAACUGCCUCGACCUGUGCCCAUUUUUCGGCCUCGAAUCCGUCUCCAUCCACUCGGAAGAGGAAAAUCAGUUUCAUAUGGAUAUUUGGGCUAACCGCACAAAUUGCACUGGAGCUACCUACACCAAAGGAAUGUGGAUCGGGAUGUCUUGGCAAGGGAAUUACACAAAUUAUUGGAGGUUUGUUUCAUCAACAUUUGUU